AAUUCAGCAGUGAAUUGCUGAGAUCCAAGCGUGUCUUGCUGCGGGGCAUUUGAAACCAGAACAACUGUAAAUGUGUACUAUUUGUUUGUUUACAUUAAAAGUGUUUUGAGUCAGUUGUUAAGACCUUUAAAAAAUUUAAAUUGUUGCGCCUAUUGAAAGGAGCUACACACGCCUAGUGGCUUCUUUUUAAAACGAUCCUUCAAUGGCAGUACCAAAUAUUAGAUCAAAUAUUAAAAGACUUUGCAUCCAACAAUAACAAGUUAUCUACGCCUUUGCAAUUCAAACCAUUUGUCUCAAAACAAAGAUAAAGAUCUACAUUUAUCAACGAAAAUGGGAUUUUUUAACCAGCUUGGUUUACUUUUAUGGAAAAACUGGCUACUGCAGAAAAGAAAAUUAUGCGUGACAAUUUUUGAGGUGCUUCUUCCUAUUGGAUUCGCAAUUCUUCUCGUGCUAAUCAGAUUAGCAAUAAAAAGUGAGUCUUUUCCAGGAGGGAAAUUUUACGAUAUUUCGUCCACGCUUCCUGCAACAUUUCCACAGUCAGAGAUAGGAUACACACCCUCAACAAAAACAACGGACAUGGUGAUGGAAUACUUGGCUGAUAUACUAAACGAGGAGAAAAACAAGAGUAAAAGUAUGAUCAAUACGACAUAUUCUGUCGUGGGGUUUGGAUCUGAAGCUGCAGCCUUGGAGUAUUUCCGCUACAACUCUAGUAACAUGCAUCAUAUCAUUGUGUUUCCUGAUAUCUCCAACACCAGCAAUGCAUUCCCAGAAAAGAUCAAAGUUACACUGAGACCAUACAGUGGUUCCGACAGAUGGAGAACACAGUUUACAUUUCCAUUUUUUCAGAGUAAUUCUCCAAGAUCAGAUACUGAAGAUCCUAAAUACGAGGCCAAAGGAUUUAUAUAUGUUCAAUACCUGAUUGGUAAAGCCAUCACAUUAUAUUGGCUGAAUAAGACUGGGAAAAGUGUUGAUGACAUGAAAAUAGACAUCUACAAACAGCGCAUGCCUUACCCUCCUUAUGUCAAUGACCCUAUGAUCCUCAUUUUGCAAAAUCAGCUGCCUUUGUUUAUUGUGCUAAGCUUUAUUCUCAGUAUUAUUAUCAACACUAAAAACCUGGUCUAUGAAAAAGAAAGAAAACUCAAGGAGGCAAUGAAAUUGAUGGGUCUGAAAGCAUCUGUCCACUGGGUCUCUUGGUUCAUCACUUUUUCUAUCUACUUGGUUCCGGCCAUGGCCAUCUAUGCUAUCCUGUUCAGCAUCCCUGUGUCCCACAAUGGAUCAGUCUUUGAUAAAACAGAUGCCAGUUUGUUCUUUGUUUUCCUCCUGUGCUAUGCCCUGGCAUUAAUUUCAUUCAGUUUUAUGGUUAGCACAUUUGUUCAGAAAGCCAAUGUUGGUGCAGCUGUGGCUGGAGUUUUAUUUUUUGGAUUCUUUUUUAUCUACUAUUUCAUUCAGCCCAACUAUGAGUCUCUUUCUAGGAACACAAAAGUUGCCUCUGCUUUAUUGUUCAAUGUAGCCAUGGCCUUGGGGGCUAAUGUCAUCAGCAUUCAUGAAGGCACAGGUGAAGGGGCUCAGUGGACCAACUUUCAUAAACCUGCCACAGUUGAUGACAACUUGAGCUUGUUGGCAUGUAUGAUCAUGUUGCUGGUAGAUUCUGCCAUUCAUUUUAUAAUUUGUUGGUACCUGGACAAUGUCAGACCAGGGGAAUAUGGUAUUCCUAAACCAUUUUAUUUUUGCUUCACAAAAACUUACUGGUGUGGGGAGAAACAAUCAUCUGAUGCAGUUUAUAAAAAUGAAAAUUCAAAUACAAAAUACUUUGAGAAAGAACCUACUUUACCUGCUGGUAUACAGAUCUUGGAUCUAAAAAAGACUUUUAAUAGAAAAGUAGCAGUAAAAGGAACAUCUUUGAAUAUGUAUGAAGGUCAGAUCACUGUCUUGUUAGGCCACAAUGGAGCAGGAAAAACAACAACAAUGUCCAUGCUUACUGGUUUCAUUCCACCAACCAGUGGUACAGCCAUAGUUAACGGACAUGAUAUACGUACAGACAUUGUUGGAGUUCGAAACAGUCUUGGCAUGUGUCCUCAGCACAAUAUAUUGUUUGAUACCAUGACAGUCAGAGAGCAUCUCAAGUUUUUUGCCAAGUUGAAAGGUUAUACUAGUUCCAACAUUGAUGAAGAAGUUAUUAACAUGGCAGAAGAAGUUGGUCUGGCCACAAAGAUUGAUACAGCAUCAGCCAAUUUGUCUGGAGGACAAAAAAGAAAGUUGUCAGUUGGUAUUGCAUUAAUUGGUGGCUCAAAGAUUGUGUUCCUUGAUGAGCCAACAUCAGGUAUGGAUCCAGCGGCUAGACGUCAGACUUGGAAUGUCCUUCAGUCUGCCAGACGUGGACGUACAAUUGUGUUAAGCACGCACUACAUGGACGAGGCUGAUUUACUUGGGGACAGGAUCGCCAUCAUGGCUGAAGGAGUUGUCAAAUGUUGUGGAAGUUCAAUGUUUCUCAAGAAACUUUAUGGUGCUGGCUAUCAUCUAGUUAUUGUCAAACAUCCUCAUUGCAAUGUUGAAAAUCUGACAAGUUUUAUUAAAGGAGUCAUCAACACAGCAGAGCUUGAAAGUGUUAUCAAUUCUGAAGUCUCUUACAUUUUGCCAGACAAUGAGUCUAGUAAAUUUGCUGUCCUCUUUAACUCACUGGAUGACAAGAAAGAAAUGCUGGGUAUCAUUAGCUUUGGUACUACUGCCACCACCAUGGAGGAAGUGUUUUUAAAAGUUGGCGACAGUGGUUUUGAUGAAGAUGAAUCAAGCAAAAGUGAGGAAGACAAUGGCUUGAGCUAUGCAUUCACCAAUGGUUCCUUCAACCAUGAAAAGAUGCAUGAUGGGAUGGAGAAUGGCACUCAUUGUCCACCAUUUACAAACAGCAAUAAGGUGGAUGCCAUGAAAGAAAAAUCCUAUGGAAUUUGGGAAAUGGGCUCCUCUGAUAUCAUGUCAUUCAACAAAGGAUUUACCAAAAACACUGGACUUAGUUUGCAGCGCUCUAGGUUCUGGGGACUUUUUGUCAAAAAAGCUAUUCACACCUGGCGUAACCGUGUGGUAACUUUGGUACAGCUUCUGCUUCCAGUUAUCUUCACCAUUUUUGGUCUUGCCAUAGAUGAGGCUAGACCCAAGUCAUCCUCUGAGCCAGCACUUAACUUUGACCUCAAUGCUUUCUCAGACCCCAUCAUACCUUAUUCUAUCAGAAAUUUAUCUUCUCCUAUUGAAAAAAGCUUUUAUGAUUUGUAUGGAUCCCAGUUUUCUAAUAAGGAGCCUUUUAUAACUAAUGAAAACUAUUCAUUUGCCAACUACACUGUUAGAAGAGCUGUUAAUCUUGGAACAUCAACAUACAACAAGAGAAUGGUCAUUGGCAUGGCAUUGCUUGAGCCUAAUGCUUCCUUGAAUAAAGAUAUCAAAGCUGUAGCUGAAUACAAUGGACAACCUUAUCAUGCACAACCAAUUUCUAUGAACUAUCUGUUGAACAGCAUCUUGCAGUAUUAUGUCAACUCUAGUAGCUACAGUUUUCAGUCCAGCAUUAAUCCACUGCCUAAGAAUGAAGAAGACAGGGCUGAGUUUAAUCUGCUUCUGGCUCUUGGGGCUGGUUUCUCUGUUGGAUUAUUUAUCAGUUUUGGAAUGGCUUUCUUGACAACAAUGUUCAUUUACUUUUUGAUCAAAGAAAGACAGGUUGGAGCCAAGCACAUGCAAGUUGUGAGUGGGGUUGGACCCUUCUCCUAUUGGCUGCCAACAUUCUUAUGGGACUUCAUCAACUAUAUUAUACCAAGUCUCCUUCUAGUGAUUGUAUUCUUGGCUUACUCCAAGACUGCCUACAUUGGUGAUGGAAGAUGGGGUCUGGUCAUUCUAAACCUUGUCAUUUAUGGUUGGGCUGUGCUACCCUUUAUGUACGCUCUGCAAUUUGCCUUUCAAGCCCCUCCAAGUGGUGUUGUGGUUGUUAUCAUGCUCAACAUUUUCUCAGGUAUAAUCACCACAACAACAGUGUUUGUGUUACAGUUUCCCUCCCUUGGAACAGAAAGUAUAGCUGAGGUUCUAGACUGGAUCUUUAUCAUUCUCUUCCCCAAUUAUAACAUGGCCACUGUAUUUAUCAAUCUAUAUACCAACUAUCUCAAUCUGGACUCUUGUCUGCCCAUUGUGAACGCCCCUGGAAGAUGCAAUUCUCCUUGUUGUCCAGGUGUUUGUUCUAAGUUCCCAUUCUGUGUAAAAUUCCAAGAAAAUUAUCUGGCAUGGGAGAAACCUGGCAUUGGAUCUUAUCUUAUUUUUAUGGCCAUCCAAGGAGCUGUCUACUUCACUAUUGUACUUCUUAUUGAGUAUCACAUCUUCCAGAGACUGUGGUACUUAAUCCGAGGAGCCCCAGAUUCAGGUCUUGAACCUUUACCUUUUGACCAUGCUGCAAGUCAUGUUGAGGACAGUGAUGUGGCUGCUGAAAGACAGAGAAUCAAUUCAACUCCAGCUUCAGUGCUAUCAGCUACAGAUUCUCUACUUCUAGUCAACCUGAACAAACGCUAUGGGAACUUUGUAGCAGUAGACCAUGUCUGUGUGGGUGUACCUGAACAGGAAUGUUUUGGUCUGUUGGGACAGAAUGGUGCUGGGAAAACCACAACUUUUAAAAUGUUGACUGGUGAUGUGAUGGUGACUGGAGGAAAUGCUUACCUUAAAGGUUAUGAUGUCAGGAGUGAUAUUAAAAGUGUCCAAGCCAACAUGGGUUACUGCCCACAGUUUGAUGCUUUAAUUGAUCAAAUGACUGGACGAGAAACAUUAUUCAUGUAUGCCAGACUUCGUGGUGUGCCAGAAAAAUAUAUCCCAACUGUUGUCAACACUUUAAUUGACAUCCUAAUGUUGAGGCCACAUGCAGACAAACUUGCAGGCUUGUACAGUGGAGGCAACAAAAGAAAGUUGAGCACAGCAAUAGCUCUUAUCGGAGACCCUCCAUUUAUUAUGUUAGAUGAACCUUCCUCUGGUAUGGACCCUAAAGCUAGAAGACAACUUUGGAAUGUUUUAUCUCAAGUCAGAGCUUCAGGACGUACACUGGUCUUAACUUCUCACAGUAUGGAGGAAUGUGAUGCUCUCUGUACUCGUAUUGCUAUUAUGGUGAAUGGUAAAUUUAUGUGUCUUGGAAGUCCUCAACAUUUGAAAAACAAAUUUGGUCAAGGUUACACAUUAAUUGUCCAGCUUGGGACUUUGCCAGAUGGAACCAUAGCACCAAAUGAACCAGUUGUGGAUUAUAUUUUGGAAAAUUUCCCUGGUACAAAAGUGUUUGAUGACCAUCAAGGCUACAUUCACUUUCAAGUACCAGACUCCAGGGUCAGACUGGCUGAUGUGUUUACACUGAUGGAGACUACAAAACUCAAUUUAAAUGUUUCAGAUUACUCCGUCCACCAGACCACACUGGAGCAAGUCUUUUUGACAUUCACCAGAGCGCAGGUGGCACCCAAAGAGGAGAAGAAAAUCAGUGAACUCACAAAAAUCUGUUGCUGUUGCUGCAUCAAGUCUGGAUGUUACAAAACAUCAGAGUGAAAUCUUGUUUUUCUAAUAUUACUAUUGUCUUUAUAGACUUCAAGCACAAAGAGAGAUUAAAUAAAGUUGAUUUGAUCUGAGUGUGGAUGGAAACUGUUGAUGAGAAAACUGACAGGUGGACUUCAAUCAGUGCAAUAUAAUCUGAAUGUCCCUGUUUGAUUUCGCACUUUUCAUCUCAUAACUGAUUAUGAAAAAUAUGAAUGUGUACAGACAUUCUCACAGUGAUAACACCAUCUCUUAAAAUAUCUCAUAGCAAUGUGUACUUAUUGACCUAUACAUUGGUUUAAAAGUAAAUCCUUUUUUUGUCAGUUGUAUAAACCUCUAUUAAUGGGUAGAAUGUAUGUAUGUGUAUUUGAUAGUUGUUUUCUUGUAAAUAGUUUUCUUAUUUAUUUAUUGAAAAAAAAAUUGAAACAUGUUAAGUGUUUAACAAGGCUGCUGUGCCUGAUGUUUAUUAGUGAUAUACUUAUUCUGAGUAAUGUUUGUUGUAUCUGAGAAGUCCAAGAGAAAGGCAUUCCCUAUAUUGCUUGCUGCAAUCAUUAUGAGUCUCAACAAUGCAGUGUGUUGAAGGAAAGGCAGGGUUAGGAGAUGUUGUUUAGCUCCUCACAGACAUACAAGGCUGAUGAUUCCAAGUUGACCUAGCUCUUAUUAAAAAUGUUAGUUUUGGUGGGAAUGAUAUGUUUAGUCCUAUGACUCCUAUUGGAAACAUUAAUUUUGCCCCCAAUUUAAUUCACCUUAAGCAGACCCUAUUGUCACAACAACCCAAAACUCUGUUUGGCAGUGCCAAACAGCUGAACAAAAAACUACUACUUUUUUUCUUGGUAGACAGCUAAAGAUCUUACAGUGCAGCAGCUAAAAGCUGUAUGGAAAAAGAAGCAUUGAUGGAGUCCUACAUUAUAAUGUCUGCUUAGUUUCAACUGGCGUACCUCCUGUUAAUAAAUACACUGACAUUUGUUAGAGCAGUGUGUGUGUGUGGGGGGGGGGUAUCACAGUGCACACUGUGUCAUAUAUAAAAGGAAAUGAAAUAAUGUCAGUCUUAAUGAAAAACAUGUGCAAUAUCUAUUCAAUAGAUUUUCAUGAACUACUUUGUUGUACAUUAUAUUCUUGAUAUUUAGCCUAGAGCACAUUUUUAUUAUUAAACAAACUGUUUAUUGAAAUUGUUGACAUCCACAAUAUUUGUCCAUAGUAAUAUUUUGUUUACAUUGUUUUUGAGUGUUGACAAUCUGUUGGCUUGUUUUGUUGUCUCUAUUUCUGUAUGCAAUACUUGUGUAUGAGCUAACAUUUUGGGGUUAAAGUUAGAAAUGUUACUCAAAUAUUUGUCUUUCAAUUUGAUGUCAGUUGUUUUUUGUGUUUUCUGUUUUGUUUUGUUUUUCUAAGUUUUUUUAAUUACUUUUUUUUAUAGAUUAAAUUUUAUUACAAAAACAUAUGAUGAAAAUAUCUAUAGAAUUGUUCAUGUAAAAAAAAUUGGAAGAAUACAAUUAGAAUUAUAUAGAGAUUAAUUGUAUAUUUCUAUUUUAAGCUUUAGUCAAGUUUUAGACAGUCUACUUCAACAAUAACAAUUAUUUAUACAAGUUUUAAUCUAAUAUAAAAGUACAUGAUUCUAUUAAAGCAGCAUUUUAUUGCGUUCAGUUUUUUCAUAAAUGGUGUAAUAACUUUUUGUUAUUUAACAAUCUUGCUAUUGAGCUAAAUAUUUUUUAGUUUGAUUACUUUUAUGAAUGAAACCAAAAUCUUUUAUAGGCCCAUGUGUAGUUACUUUUUUUUUAUAAUAAUAUUUUACACAUUUUUAUUAAACAUCACUUUGAAAAUGAGACAUUUUUUUCAUGUAAUCAAUAUUUUUAACCUGUUUGCUAUCAUGCAAUACAAGAAAGGGAUUUUCUUAUUUGAGUAAUCUAGUUUGUUCAUCUCUUUGAAAAACAAUUGUAUUUUCAUUCCUACUGGUGAUUUAUCAUUUUUUUCAAAGAAAGACAAAAUGUAUGCAUAUCUUGAAAAUGUUGUUUUACAGAAUCUUUUAUGUGAUAUUUUUGUACAAAAUAUUUUCAUUGGACAAACUACUUUUACACUGCAACAUGCCUGUUUAUAUAUAUUUUGCUAGACUUGUACUAUAUGUAUGUGAUAUCUUUUUUUCUUUGAUUCUGAGAUUGUGGAUAGGCCUUUUUUUUUUUUCUUCUUUUUUCUUUUUACCUUGGUUGACCGUCUAAUGAAGUAAAAUAUACUUUCUACAACUUGUUCUGUUCAUAUUUUUUUCUAACAACUUAAAUUCUUUUCAAAAGAAAAGCUCUGGACCUCUCCCUCCCUUUCUAUGUUGGUCUUGCAAAUUAUAAUUGAACACAGUUUACAUAAGACACAGAUGCUCCAGAAGAAUCUUAUUAUCAAUGUAGCUGCUUAAAUGUAGCACAUAGGAAUGUUGAAGUGCUGAUCUUCUUGAUUAUAUUUAUAGACUCGUAGUAAAAGGUAUUUUUUGUUAUUAACAGGGAAAAAUUUGUAAUAAAAAAUAAAGCCCAGUAUUUUUUUUAAAUAAAAAGGGUUCAAAUUUGAUAAUUACAUAAAUAUUGCUUAUUAGCUUUUAGUCAAUUUCCAAAUUUGUUUUUCAAACCUUGAGCAAAGAAAACAUGAGAUGUACCUUUCAGAACCAAGUAAAGCCUAGCAAGUUAAUCAGAGCCAUAGCGCGUCUUAAACUCUCUUUUUGGGAUAGAACAAUACAAGGCAAACUUUUAUCAACAAAUUCCAUUCAGAUAGAAUUGUUCCAAGAAACAUAAUUGUUUGAACAGAAAUGUACUACUGUAUGGUAUUUGCCGUAUGAAUAAAAAUGUCUUUUAAAGCUA